AUUCGCUGGUGUCAUUGUUUUCUGGUUAUUCAGAUGCCAGUGUGUUAUGAGACAUGACGCGGGACAGUUACGAGAUGGACAGCAACCGCCUGUCGCGAGGCGGUUCGCUCUUCGGAAGUGACCCUCAAGUACAACUCAGAACGGCCCUUCGCAAUAACGACUUUGCGACUUUUAAGAAACUCGUCAGCUAUGGAGCAGUUGAUCUAGAACACGUUUAUCAAUACCCUGACUAUAAAACUUGUCUUGAAAUAGCCGUGUCGGAACCUAAUAGAGUUGAAUUUGUGAAACUUUUAUUACAACACGAAGUACAGGUAAACAAAAUUAACGAGACUCACGCUGCAGCUCCAAUACAUUUUGCAGUAGAAAACAGUAAUGUUGAAGCAUUGGCAGCUCUUUUAGAAGACGACAGAAUAGAUGUAAACUUAAAAUGUAAGGGAAACACUGCAUUGCUUAUGGCGAUCAAGAAAAUACAAGAUAUAGAUGAAGAGCGUGAACGUGAAUUAGAUCUUUUUGAAGACAUAGUAGAAAGGCUUCUUAAAGCUGGCUGUAACGCUAAUGCCCCUGAUUUAAGAGGUAUUACACCUGUAUAUUCAGCUGCAAAACAAGGCCUUGAAAGAAUCGUCACAUACAUUUUAGAUUAUUCUAAAGAUCCAAUUGAUUUGGAUUCUUAUAAAGACAUUAGAGGUAGAUCGGCUAGAUAUUAUUUGCAAGAAGCUUUUCCUCACCUACUUGCUAAAUUCGAUUCAAUGUCAGAGAGUGAAGAUAUAAUUGAUGAAGAUAAAUUAUUUUCUUAUCUAAGCAGACACGAAGAGGAUAACUUCAUUCGAGACUUUACGAAACUUGUUAAAAGAAAUGAACAUCGACCCAUGCUAGCUGCUAACAAUGGUUCAAAUACAAUGCUGCAAAUAGCAGUCGAUAAAGGCUUUGAAAAAGUCGUGUUAGUAUUGCUUAAUUCUGGAGCAGAUCCCAAUGCCACAUGCUCUGCCAAUAGUAAUCGUCCAAUAGCUUUGGCAUGUCACAAUGGGUAUUACAAAAUACUUAAAAUGUUUAUCGACAAUGAAUCUACUUUAUUCGACUGUGUUAACACCGAGUCUCUUAUUCAAAUAACAGUAAAAGGCAUGCGAUCUGCUGUUAACAGUCCAAAAGUAGAUUUUAAAGGUUGUUUAGAUUUAUUAUUAACCCACCCUAAAAUGAAUAUAAACAUAAAUCACCAAGAUAUAAAAGAUAAUACGGCAUUACAUUAUGCUGCUAGAAAUGGGGACAGCGAUACUGUGUUGGAAUUACUUAGAAAGGGGGCCUGUGUCGGCUUACAUAACAAGUUCAAUGAGCCACCUUUAGCAGAUAUAAAUGUUAAAACUCUUGAGACAUACUUAGAUGAAUGUAUUACGACGAAUAGCGAACGACCCAGCGACGACGAUUACGAGAUCCACAUAAAAUAUAGUUUCCUCGUAUAUCCCAAUAAUUCUUUAGAAAACGAAUUAUGUAAGGUACCUCUAAUGGAUAACUCAAACAAUAACAAUAGCAAUCCUAAAGAAUAUGACGCUAUACUAGCUCCAGAAACAGAAGCACUAUUGUACAUGACUAGAAAUGAGGAGCUACGUCCUCUUCUUAAACAUCCAGUAAUUACUAGUUUUCUUUAUUUAAAAUGGCAACGAAUAAGUAGUCUUUUCUACGCAAACAUAACAUUUUAUUCCCUCUUAUGGUUAUGUUUAGUUUUAUAUAUUAUAUUGGGAUAUGGAGUUGAAAAACAACAAGCUAACUCUAUUGAAGCGUUAAACGUUGUGACACAUGUCGGAGCUAUUAUUGGUUUAAUUCUAUUAAUUAUAAGAGAAUUAUUUCAAUUCUUGGUUUCACCAACGAGGUAUUUACAGAGUAUUGAAAAUUGGAUGGAGAUCGCUUUAAUUUUCGUAACAGGUUGGAUUGUUUGUUAUGAUUCAACACAAGAACCCACAAAACAACAGUUGUCUGCAGUUGCUAUUCUAUUAUCAUCAGCCGAGCUUGUUUUACUUAUUGGCCAAUUUCCCACUUUAUCUACAUAUAUAGAAAUGUUACGGACGGUUUCAUGGAAUUUCUUCAAAUUUUUACUAUGGUAUUGCAUUUUAAUUAUUGCUUUCGCUCUGACUUUCUACACAUUGUUCAGAAAAGAAGAAGUAAAUGACGAUCAGAUACCACCAAAUCCUAACAAAACUGGUCAGGAAGAAGAAGAAGAAGAGGACUUUUUUGAGGAUCCAGGACGAUCUUUAUUUAAAACGAUAGUCAUGUUGACGGGUGAAUUUGACGCUGGAUCCAUUAAAUUUAGUACAUUCCCAGUUACGAGUCACAUCAUUUUUAUUGUAUUUGUUUUUAUGGUACCUAUUGUACUAUUUAAUUUACUAAAUGGCUUGGCGGUAAGCGACACUCAGGAGAUAAGGGCAGAUGCCGAAUUAGUCGGACAUAUUUCUCGAAUCAAACUAAUAUCUUAUUUCGAAAGUGUACUUAUCGGUAAAAUGUAUACAAAACCACUGAAAUGGUGGUCAUGGUUACCACGAUAUAUACAAGAUUUAAACUUAAUUAAGCCACAAAUGCUUUGCAUAAAGCCGUUCGCAAGGAAGAUUAGCUUAUUUCCUUUCUUUUUGCCAAAAUAUCGAAUCAUUGUAAAACCCAAUCAAGAUAAUAGAAUAGAAAUUCCUCACCCGGAGUCCAUUGGCAAGUUUGGAGAUGAUUAUGAAGACAUCGAAAGCGGCAAAUGUUGUUUCGAACGGUGUCAAGCUUACCGGUUGGACAGAAAAAUUGUCAAAAAUGCUAAGAUUGUUAUAAAUAAGAAAAACUAUAUAUCGGAAUUCGACGAAAUUAAAAAUAAACUUUCUAAAUAUGAAGCGAAAAUUACGAGUCUUGAAAAUACAUUAAAAAAAGUACUUCAGAAAUUAGAAUGAAGUAUAUAUUCGUAUUAUGUUACUUCUUAUAUUCCAUUAAUUUUACUUUAACUUUUUAAUUUUCAUUUUUAUUUAAACAAAA